CUGUCAAAACGAUUCAAUUAAGAGUAAUCAAGUUAAAAAUUUGGUAUUUACAAUCACUUAAUUAAUCCACAAUUAACAAAAGAGAAUUUAUGCUGUUAUAUAUUUGAUUGUGGAUUUUUUUAAUAAUGGAGAAAAUUACAAUGCUUAAGAAAUUACUUUUGGCGUAUUCUGCGCAUCUUGAACACUUUGAAUCAGUACAAUCUAAUUAUGAUAGUGUUCUUACUCUAUAUAGAAGGAGAAAAAGACGAAACUUGAUGGUAUUACACCAAUUAAGAAAAAAACAACUUUUGUGCCUGGAAAUAUUGCAGCAAACGGCAAAUCAAAGAUCAUUGUGGAAAUUGAAAUCAUAUUUCAGAACAGGCGAUCUCAAUUCUGGGAAACAAAUUGCAAUCGGAAUGAUGACCACUUUUUUAAGGAGCAUUUCCGAAUGUCGCGGUCAAGUUUUGAUAUACUUUGUGGAUUGCUCAAUAGAAUGAAAAGAGCAGAUACGAAUUGGCGUAAAGCGAUUACAUUAGAAAAACGUGUGGCUAUUGCUUUGUUUACACUUGGAACGUCGAUAAAAUAUAGAGAAAUUUCUGAACUAUUUGGUGUUGGAAUAUCAACGGUGUGCGAAAUUUUAUUUGAAUUUUGUGAGGAAGUGUGGAAAUCUAUGUCAAAUUUUAUUAAUAAAUUGCCUCCGAAGAAGGAAGAUCUAGCUUGUUAUAUUGAUGGAUUUUGCAAACUUGGAUUCCCCCAGUGUAUGGGAGUAAUUGACGGCUACCAUAUAAAAGUGAAACCGAAUCCAAGCCAAGCUAACGGGUACUUGAAUAACGAAGGCUGGCAUUCUAUUAUUCUUCUAGCGCUGGUUGAUUACAGAUGUCGCUUCUUGUAUGUAAAUAUUGGGGCUCAAGGACAAUAUAAUAACGCACAAACAUACAACUCAUCGACACUAAGAGAUUUGUUAAAUAGUGAUGGGUUAUUAAUUCAAAGUACAAAGGAAAUAGAUGGAGUGCAAGUUCCAGUAUAUAUUAUAGGCGACUCGACGUUCGAUUUUUCCCCGACUUUAAUGACGCCUUACGCCUCUAGUCCUUCCUUAACCGAAAAUCAAAAGCAGUUUAAUAAUAAGCUAUUAGUAUGCACAGAAAUAGUAAAUAACGCUUUUCGGCAUUUGAAAGCACGUUUUCGGCGUAUAGAAAUCGGUAUAGAUGAUAGAAAAGGGAAUGCCCAAAUUAUUACGCGAAUCACUUGUAUUUUACAUAACUUUCUCAACGAGAUAAACGAUGAUGUCGAGCAGAAAUGGUUAGAACUUCUGCAAAUUAGUACAAAUCACGACAGUCCUACAAAUAUCCUAGUAGAAUGUGGUAAUGAACCUUAUGCCGAAGAAAUAAGGCAUACGUUGUGUCAUUAUGCGUGUGGGAUAUAGUAAAUACAUUUAAAUGAACUGGUUGGGCUACAAAGGAAACAACAGGGAAGCAUUACCGAAUGGCACCCAUCCAAUGUAUGGAUUUAUAUUUUAAAUUAUAAUAUCUGAUUAGUUGGUGUGUACGUUCUUAUGAUCUAGGUACUCAUAUUGUCUUUGAAAUUUUCAUUUAUGUCAUUUAUUUUUUAUUGAUUAUAUUCUUAAUUAAAAAUAAAAUUAUUGAACAAUAUGUAAAAAAUA